CGUUCAGUUCCCCCACACACAACACAAAUCACAAAACUUCCUCAAAAAAAAAAAAAAAAAAACUACAAAACAGAGAGAUUGAAACUGAGUAGAAUCAGCAUCGUUCCAGAAAGUGAAACAGAAGAAGGAGAAAGAGAAUAAUCGAGGAAGGUAAAAAUGACGGAAGCGUUGAUAAGGAAGAAGCCAGGUAUGGCUAGCGUUAAGGACAUGCCGCUUCUCCAAGACGGUCCACCUCCCGGCGGGUUCGCUCCAGCCCGGUUUGCUCGCCGAAUCCCUAACUCCGGUCCGAGUGCUCUUUUCAUGUUCCUCACUACCUUUGGUGCUUUCUCUUGGGGCAUGUACCAGGUCGGCCAGGGUAACAAGAUCCGAAGGGCACUGAAGGAAGAGAAAUAUGCUGCCCGUCGAGCAAUACUGCCUGUGCUACAAGCUGAAGAAGAUGAGAGAUUUGUUAGAGAAUGGCACAAAUAUCUUGAGUACGAGGCAGAUGUCAUGAAGGAUGUGCCUGGUUGGAAAGUUGGUGAAAGUGUCUAUCACUCUGGGAGAUGGGUGCCCCCAGCAAGCAGCGAGUUGCGUCCUGAAGUCUGGUGAUGAUAUUUUAGCCAUCACUAUCAAGAAUUGGUCUUGGUCUUCCUGCAUUUGUGAUACUUAAAUCCAGUGUCUCUGAAAUAAAGUUGUAUGUGGAACAUUUGUAAUUGCGAUGUCUAGUUCUAAAACAGGAAUGCUUUUUUAAAUUUUUGUUUCAUGUUGGCUAUCACCCCUCUCAUGUAAUCAACGAUGAAUGCACAUCCUUGGCAUUUGACUUUGAAUGUCUAGCUCAUUAAGUUAGAAACUUGAUUGGUGCUAAGUGUUAAAGUCCAGCAAUUUUCUAUUCCAAUUGAACCUAAGAGAUUUGAGAAA